GUGUGUGUGUGGGUCCUGUUGGUAGCGAUGCUGAUUUUGUUUCUUGUACACUAGUAGCAUUGUACAUAUAUGCAAUGAUUUCUUUCGUUUUAUUUUUUUUUAAGCUUAUUGCCAAUUAAUUUGGGUGUCUGCAAGCUCUAACUUGGCUUUCAUUCGCAUAAACAGACUAAUGACUGUAUAGUCGAUGUCUUCUGCACGGCUUCUGAGAAUUCUUCCGGGUGAACCUACGGCGGCCAUGAAGGAAAAAGCAAUAGAUGAACUUUGGAAAGGUAAACUUGUGGAAAAUUAUGCCAAGUACGAUGAAAAUGAAAGUACAAUUUCUCCAACAAUGGAAGACCAAAAGAGGUUCUCCAAUAAUGAUCAUGAUAGUGCUACAGAUCCCUUGAUUUCUGAUAUGACAGAUGAAGAAAAUUUACCGAAUAGAUCAGAACUUGAAUGUUCUUCGAAAGCUGAAGAUUUUAUCCACGGAAAUGAAAACGAACCCAAAAAUUCUGCUGUAUCGUCUACUUCUGCUUUAGAUUUGUUUGAGACAGACACAAAUGUGUAUACUGAUAAAAAUAUAACAGAAUGUGAAUUACCUGAGUUGGUAAUGAGCUCUAAGGAGGUUAAUUAUCACAUUGUCAAGGACAUAUGUGUUGAUGACGGGACUUCAAAAGAGGAGAUGACGGCAGGAGGUGGAUUAACAGGUUCGUGUUUGGAAUAUACCAAAGACGUUGCUGUUAAUGAAUGUGGAACAGAUGAAGGAGAAGAUGGAAAAUCAGUCGUUCCAAUCGGGCCAAAAUCUGCCUCGGAAAUUUCUUUUGACAAGGAUACCCCUGGAGAAAGUGAUCCAAGAGACUCCAUCAAGGCAGGUGUAAUGCAGGGUGAUGUAACUAGCGAGGUCAAGAGUGAUCUUUCAGAAAAAGGGUCUUUCGUAAAUAACAUGCUUCCUAUGCAAGAAUUUGGUAGUCAGAGUUUCCAUAGAUCUUUUGUCAACUCUAUAAACGGUGAGGAAAAUGAUGUUUCGCAACCUCUUGAUCAGCAGAUUCCUUCUGGUGAAGCAAGUGAAAAGGUCCAAUCUAGCAACUUAUCUUACAACAGUAAAAUGGAGUCCGAAAACAUUACUUUCAACCUCAACUCACCUAAACCUGCAGCAGCUUGCAGCGCGAAUGAGAGUAUUGACACUGUCAAUGAGCAAUCUAUCGAGUCCAGGGAUGUGCAUUAUCACAAGGAUGUGAACUCCGAUAAUCUUUCAGACACUAGCCCGGUUCAGUGCGCUAGCAUUAAGAACGAAAGUACUGGAAAUGUUCGUGAACAACGUUUGAAGGAUGAGAACCAUGAUAAUUCUGCUGCCACUUGCAGCAAGGAUGGCAUGGGCAUCGAAAAUCUUGAAAAAUCCCCAGACCACAAGGAUAUGAGAUCUGAAGAGCAGUCUCUAGGCCAAGUCCUCUAUGCUGGUCACAGGGACAAAACUACCAGAAAUGCUCAUGAUCAAGCCCUUGAGAUGAUAAAUACUUCUAAGCAUGUGGAUGGGAAUCUGAAAGCUCAAUGGGAUGAAGGAGAGUCGAGCUUCUCUGCAGGAGAUCAUGUAACUUACUCGGGGCCAAUACCUUUCUCCGGGAGCCUUUCUCUUCGAUCCGAGAGCAGUGCUGCCACCAGCACCCGAUCUUUCGCCUUCCCAGUAUUACAACCCGAAUCGAACGCCAGUCCUGUAAGAAUGGUAAAAUCAGAUAGACGACAAUUUCGUAAACACAAGGAUUGGAGAUCAGGCCUCCUUUGUUGUAGAUUCUAAAUGUUUCUAUUUCAUUUAUAGGUUCUUAGUCUAGAUAUACAUGAGCAAAAUCUUUAUUAAAACGAGGAGUAAUAUUUAAGUAUACAUGUCGAUAUUUUUCUUAGGUUUCGUUUGCCUUACGAGUAGCUUCUUGUAAGUCAUAGGUUGAUGUGUGAUCUGAGUUCGUGAGAGGUUCGAAUAUUGUCCGUGUACAAGUUUUUAUUUUGAUUUUUAUACAGCAUAUUUAUUCAUUGGUUAUAUUAUUUUCUGAUUUAUGUGCA